AUGCUAAUUUUCAUUCUUAUAACGACGUUGCUGACGUCAACAGUUGCCUUUCCACGAUUAGAAAGACAAGCAACUGAUGAAAUACGAUCUGUCAUAGAUCGCUUUUUUUAUCCACGCAUAGAGCCUGAUGAACGUUUCACGCCAUUUGUUCGCCCACUACAACUAUCACCUUCGUCCUUCUCAUUUCCUUCUUCACAUCAUUCUUCUUCUAUCAUAUCACAAAGUUUCGUCGAGCCACUCGUCACUACCGUAAACCCGGAUCACGCUACUCCCACACCAGACUCAGCAAAUGCUGAAAACUUGAAAACACUUGAUCGUACUGUCGACAUCGAUGGAGAUGGUCAUCUGAAUUUACAAGAAGUUCAGUAUGCAGCAUUUGUACAUCACGGCCUAUCCGGCACCGUCGUGAAGGAUAUGUUCCGAAAAGUUGAUACCGAUGGCGACAAUUUCCUGACUUCCGAUGAAUUCAACAACAUUCGGCCAUUGGUCAUCGAAAAAGCUGAAAAUGCUGCUCAGCAUUAUCUUCAAACAGUUGAUCUUGAUCAUAAUCGCCGCCUCUCAUUACCAGAAGCGCAGGCUUAUCUGUUGCGUGAAUACGGAAUUGGAUCGCGUGAUGUUGAGCGUAUAUGGAAGCUUGUAAAUCCAGAUCCAAAAGCUCAACUUGAUGCAGCCGACUUCGCUAAAUUGCGUCGUCGUGUACGUGGCAUGAGCAUUCGCUUGAGUCGCCAAAUAAUGAAGUAUGCUGAUGUAAAUGAAGACAACCAUAUUUCAUUGGAAGAAGCACAAGCCAUCGCUUUUGAGCAAGAAGGCAUCGGACCAGGAGAUGUCGCUGCGAUGGUCGCUUCCGUCGACGACAAUCAAGACGGUGAGCUGAAUGCUCCCGAAUUUGCAGAUUUUGAGAGAAUUGUACGAGCUCGAGCCAUCGAUACAAGCAAGAAAGCCUUGAAGGUUGUUGAUGCUGAUGGAAGUGGCACAUUGAAGUUGGAUGAAGCUAAACGAAUUGCUUUUGAGCAUUAUGGAUUUGAUGAAACUGUUCUCGCUCCAUUCUUUGAUCAAGCGGAUGAAAAUGAAGAUGGACAAUUGGAUACUGUUGAAUUCGCCGGCUUCCGCUCUGUCAUUCGUAAUCGAGCAGUUAGUGAUGCAGUUCCUAUUUUGAAGGAAGCUGACUUUGAUGGAGAUGGAUUAAUAAGUAUUGAAGAAGCAUCUGAAAAGACUAAACGAGAGGACGAUUUGGAAGAGUUCGAAACGAAAGCUCUCUUCACAUUAGCAGACCAGAACAAGAGCGGAAAGUUGGAUAAGGUUGAGCUGGCUGACUUCAUUCGAUUGGUUCGAUUAUCAGCCAUCAAAUUUGCAACAGAUCAUUUCAAGGAGUUUGAUACGAACGGCGACAAGAUUGUGACACUGGAUGAAUUAGCUCAGCUGAUUGAAACCAAAUAUGGAGUGCCAUUGGAAAUCACCCGCAAAUUCUUCGAUAAAGUUGAUGUUGAUCAUUCCGGAGAACUUAUUCCAGCCGAAAUAGUUGACUUCCGGCAUGAAAUUCGUAAAUAUGUCUCCUCAUUACCAGUGGCAAUGGAAGAAGCUGAGAUAUCGAGAGAUGAAAUGAAAACAUCAACAGUACACUCAACAACGGCCACCACAAGCACUUCUUCACCACCAAUCAGCAGCACAACAACUACGUCAUCCACUUCCACAGUAUCAGAACCCACAACGGCACAGGAUGAUUCUCAAAUCACUAGGCACAAAGCACCUGCAUUUAGAAAUCCUUCACGCCUUGCAAAGGUACAUGGCAUACCCACUCAGAAUGAAAUAGAGAAUGAUAAUCAGGCAAUAAACCAACCAAUAAAAACGGCUCUGAAACUCAAGUUUCUGCCUUCCAAAAGACCCAAAGCUUUCAAACCAACUGCACCGCUAACAACCACGACUACAGCUUCCACAACGAUAAUUAUACCAGAAGAAGACAGCACGUCGAGAAAACCCGCAAACCCAUGGCAUCAUUGGAAACACAAUAUUUCAUCCACUAUGUCAAUCGGGUCCAUCUCGACCGAUUCAAAUGAAUUCGCCACGACUGAAGAGUUCAAAGUCGAAGAAAAUCAUAAAAUAACUCCGGAACCACUAAGAGAAGCUAUUGUUCUAGAUGAAUCUUCCGAGGAUAAUUCUAGAGAAACUUUGAUCUUGUCUACUGAGCCAUCUGUCGUUCAAGAAAGUUCGUCACCACCUCUUAAACUACUUCCACCAAAAGAUAUAAUUGAAAUAGAAUCAGCAUCAACGACGACUGAAACAACCACCGAAGCACCUUCCACUUCUACUAUCACUACGAAUCUCACUGAACAGCCAACAGAGAUUUCGACCAUAGACCCUAUAGGAGCUGCAUCGGUUUCUACAGAAAGUGUGACCGAUGCGCGUGAUUCAGAGUCGACCGCAUUUACAACGGAAUUAACAACUUUACAAACAGAUUUGUUGUCAACAAACGGCAGCACAACCGCCACGACAAAACCACAAUCCACAUCAUCAGUUGAAAUUACGACAGAACCAACGGAUGCACCGACGUUAUCACCAAAACAAUCAGCUUCUAUUGACAAUUUGUUGGAUCUUCUAGAACCUGAAGGCUCAGGGACCGAAGAAGAGGAGGAGCUGUUGCAGACGACAGUCACAUCAACCACACUAACCACUGACGCACCAACAACAUCAAAUGAUGAUGUUGAGUACGAAGUUAUCGCUGUCGAAGUUGAUGAGAAGGGUAAUGAGAUAGGAAGUCAUCCAGUCGAGGAUGCCGAGGAACGCCGGAGGAUUAUCCAAGAACAGAAAAGACUUCUGAAUAUUCCAGCCAGUGCGGAAGUAGAGUAUUUAGAUGGUGAUGAAGUGCUGACUGUAUCAGACAGGAAGAAGAGCUCCGGAGGAACUCGAAGAAAAAUAACCAGAGCCGAUGAUACCGAAGUGGAAUUGGUGGAGUAUAUGGAUGAGGGAGAGACAGCAGCAGCUGCAGCAGCAGCAUCAUCAACGACGACUGAAACAACGAGCACGACAGAAUCAAAAGACAAAGCAUAG